CGGCCACUUAUCACGAACUAAUAAAAAAAAUAAAAGUAAAAAUGUUGAUUUUCUGACAUAACGGUAACAAACUCACCAAACGUCCGCCAUGGCGUCGUUAUUAAAGAAUCAGAUAUUAAAACAUUUGUCAAAGUUCACCAAGAACUUGUCCCCUGAUCGCCUGAACAUCAGCACACUGAAGGGGGAGGGGGAGCUCACAAACCUUGAGCUGGAUGAAAACAUCUUGAUGAACCUUAUGGAUCUGCCCACCUGGAUGAGACUCAACAAAGCUGUCUGUAACAAGGUGUCCAUCAAGAUACAGUGGACGAAGCUGAAAUCACAACCAAUUUGUUUGUACCUGGAUGAGGUUGUGCUUGAGAUUGAGACUUGCAGCGAGCCUCGAGCCCCAAGUAACCCCACCCAACAGUCCACACACAGCUCGGAGGGUCGGUAUGGUUUUGCCGACAAGGUCAUUGAUGGGAUCUAUGUUCACAUCAACUCUGUUUCUGUUCGGUUUAUGUCUGACAAGUUCCACGCCAGUCUACAGUUGUCUCGAGUGAAGGUCCAGAGCUUAACCCCAAACUGGGUACAACCAACAGACAUCAGGCAGACCAGGAUACGGAGUGAAGCAACUGAUGAAAUCAUACUGUUCAAGGAGGUAGACUGGCAGACCACUCGUAUUGAAGCAAAUGCACAUGAAGAUGAAACCAGUCUGCCAUCCACACCUCUCAGGCUGAUUGCCAACCAGUCUAAGAUUAGAAUUGUCCUUAAGAAGAAAUUAAGUGACUGCAGCGUAAUAUCAUCUCGUAUUCUCCUCCUCCUGGACGACCUUCUGUGGGUGUUGACGGACACCCAGCUCAAGGCGGCCAUUGUGUACGCCAACUCUCUAUCCGGCAUAAUAGAGAAGUCAGCUGAACAGAGUAAGCGCCUCGCUGCUGAAAAACUCCAGAAGCAAGGCAAAAGCAGUUCAAGCAGUGACAUGGACCAGUUCCUCCUGCAGCAGCAGCAUCAGCAGCGACAACGUGGUCAGACGACGGAGGCACAGCUCUUCCAGAAGUUUGACGUCCUCACGACCUCGUACCACCUCAUCACCUCCCGCAUUGACCUUCACCUCUGUGAUGACAAUCCCACAGAUAGAGCGUCUAGUCCGAAGCACAACAAGAAGAUAGAUGGGGGUGCCAUGCAGGUGACCUUCUGUAAACUGUCCCUCGACUAUUAUCCCUUCCAUUAUGCAGAUAUGGAUCUGGUAAUGUCUAGUGGCGGUGAGCGUAAAAACUGGUACCGCUACUCUGACAAUCUUGGCUCUCGUAACACUUGGGUGCAGGGGCUGUUUGCUCAGUUCCGAGGUGAGGCCAAGAAGGCACGUGAGACCUGCAAGAUUGUUUCCCCGAGUCCGUCGCCCGCACACAACCUCAAGUCCCCCAGCCAUCCAGUCAGCUCUCCUGUAACCCAAGGGUCAGCACCUAGAGGUCAACCCAGGAGUCAAGCAACAUCACCUCAAAGUCAGACUAGAGGUCAGACCCAGCUGACCAAAGGUCAGGCCCCUCCCAGGCCUAGAGUCACAAAACUGUUGGAAAGCUGCAUGGUUCUGAAGAUUGAGGAUUUCACUGUUUAUAUGGUUUCAACAGCAGACAAUAAGCGAACACCUCAGAAGUUCUUCAGCUCUGAUAAGAAAGCCCUCCAUCUACCUAGUGAUAUGUCAACAGUGCAUAUUGAAUACACCGAAUACUUUUUCACAGAGGGCAUUGACUAUCCAGUACCCCAUGCCAACAUCUAUGUGCUUGUGAACCCAGUCCGGCUGCACAUAGACUUCCUUACUCUGCUCUGGGCAAACUACUUCUCCCUCAACCUCGCACAAAUGGUGGAGAGCCAUCAGGGUGAGUUUGAGAAGAAGUUGGAACAUGUUGAUGUCAAGCUGGAGGCCCUCAUGCCACGGGUGGUAAUAUCUGUGGAAGAGAGGGUUGAGAACCAGCCAGACAGACCUGGGUCCCUGCAGAUCCAGAUCUCCAAGUUGACCGCCUCCAACACACACAUAGAGGACAGGUUCACACUCCCAGACCUCAAGGCCAUGCUUAACAACUAUGCAGACUGCUCACUGUUUGAUACCUCACAGGUCCCAAAUGACCAUCCCAACAAGAUGAUGGCCAUCCCCAAGAUAUUUUAUGACUUUGCAAAUGCUCGCUUAAAUCCAUAUCUCUGUGAUUAUGCACUUGAUCUUGUACAAGGGCGGUUACCAGAUGGCUUUGACCACAUAGAACAAGUUGAUGAGGCCAUCAAGUUAUUAUUGAGAACAAAUACCCUCAAACGAGACAUGCGCUGUGAUAUGUGGGCUGUGUGUUUGGACCAGGUGUGGCUGGAAUUUUUAGGAGUACCCACAAGUAGAACGAGACCUGUCCCAUUUGUAGAGUCUUUUCCAUUAACACUGUGGGUCUGUCAGCCAUCUUUGAUACCCGAUGGGCUUCUUCUUCCAAAAAACAAGUGGCCAAGUUCCAACAAAGAUGGAGUUCCUGAGGAGAGUAAAACAGAUCGGGAUAGUCGUAGGAGUCGGAAACUUCUGCAACAGUAUUACUCCGAGGACAGUGGUGAAGAUUCAAGCCCAACAGACUCGAGCAGUGAGGGUGGUAUGACCACCAGUCAAUCCAUUAGCAGCUGUGAUAAUAGUGAUGGCAAUGUGCAAUAUUCAGCCUUCCAAGUAGCGGACUUUAACAUUGUAGCUAAAAUCGGAGGGAAAGUCCGAGCCCAACUGAGCAAUCCGCAAUAUCUGUUCCUUAUGAGAUUGAUAGAUUCAGUCACGGACUUCAAUGCUCAACUGAAUGCUGACAUGGGUGAUUACAUGAAAAAAGAUGCAUCAGAAAAUACCUCAGAAUCAUUUUCAAUUCCACUUGUUAUCCCUGAAGUUGAGUUUGCAAUGGUCUGUCCCUACAUAGCAGAACUACUUCCUUUGACAAAUAUAGGAGAACCUGUUGAUGGAAUGGAGUACUCAGGGGAGGUAAAUGAAGACCUUCCUGGGUACACAGAGGGGUACUCAAUGGAAUACACACAGGGGUAUGUGGAGAGAGGCAGUGGAACCAGUGAGGGAGAACAGGGCAAUCAAGUGGAUUCCAUUCAAGAUUAUGGCGCUGCAAUGCAUGUGUCGGUGUCCAGUCCUAUUACUCCAGAGGUGCACCUGUCUCACUCCCAGAGUGACUCAACCAUUGUCUGCUUUAACCAGGCUACAGACAAUCUGCAGGUUGUGCAUAAAGACUCGCACUCAACAGAGGAUGUACACCAGGGUGGAGCACUUAACACUGCCCCACCUAUCCAUGUAACAGCGAGUGAUACAGGCCUCUCCUCGAUAGGCUCCAGUCUGGCGGGACCUCGGGGUCGGGCCGGAAGCAAGAUCACUUCAAACGCCGUUAAGAAAUCCUUCACUGUGGGGGUCAGCAACAUCUCCAACUUUAUGGGAAAGAUCAAGAACAAACUGGAUCCAGAGGAUGAUAUUGACUCAGACAGGAUAUCAGUGAUGACAGACAUGUCAUCUGACGAUGACUUUGAGUUCCUGUCCAUUGAUGACCAGGAGGCCCCUGCAUUCAAUCAUGGGCGAGGAGCAGACACUCUAUCCACCACUGACACUGACGACCAGUCCAGUGUGUUUGCUGAGAGCACCUCUGCUUCCAAGGCUAAAGAGCUGGUAUCUGCUGUGGUAUUUCGGCUGACCGGCUCAGAGUUGUCAAUUCAGGGGAAAGGCGAGGAUAUCUUUUUUAGCCUACAAACCCGCUGUAUUGAUGUAGAAGAGACCGGCAACAUCAUCUAUGAGGACUUCUACUCCAAACUGUCUGCAACAAGUGGGAUAAUACGUAGACCGGCUGUGAGCCGGAGACAUGUGUACCCAGUCCAGUUCAAGAUGACCAUGGGCCCGGCGGCUGGUCUGUUGGUUCCUCGGGGGGCAGAGCUGGGCCUCAUGGAAGUGAAGGCCAGAGAUUAUGAGCUGACAUUCUGCAUGUCUAGUAUUCUCAACAUGAGCAGCUUUAUCGAGGAUGAGAAAAUCUCAACACCUACUCCAAUGCAGGUGUCCGUGCAUAACCUUAAACUUACACUUGUGGAGGACCGUCCACCCCAUAAGACAGUCCCACCCCCAAGCCCCCCUCCCCCCACUGUGGUCAGUCUCCAGGAUAUAUUCAUAGCCAGGCAUGAGGAUGGCAUCUUCCAUAUCACAACUGGACCACAUUCAGAAACCCCGAGCCCAGGCACCAGCAUGUCCGACACCAUUUUAGCUGUAUCUAACAGGAUAGAUACCAAUAUGCAGCAGCCACAUACCACAUACAACCUACCCAAUGGACCAAACCAAACCUCCCCAGAUUCUGUGUCUAAAAUCAUGAAACUAGAAAACGAAAAUGCUCAAAUGAAACUUUUACUUGAAAAGCUUGAUAACCACACUCAAGUUCAAGAAAGAGAACUGGAAGACAUUAAGUCUGAAAAUGAACAGCUGAGGAACAAACUGAGGUCAUUUGCCUUAUCAAGCAGUCCAUCCCUGGACGAUAUAGCAGACCUGCGAAAGGUGAACGAGGGCCUAGAAAAGGACAAUGGAGACAUGUGCGAGCGUCUCGUCACCCUCGAGGAGGAGGUACGUGACUUGCGGCUCGAGAAACAGUCCCUUGUCUCCACACUCCAGCUCAUGCAGGACGAACUCAUUGUCUCUGAGCACCACAGGCAUCGCUCCAGCACAGGCGGGGAGUGAUUUGUUACAUGCACUGCAUGUGCUCAUUUAGGUAGCUAGAAUGAAAUAACUUAUUCUUUAAAGUGUAUUGUCCAUUGCAUGUAUUUUGAAGUACAAACACAGGGGCAUUCAUACAUAAAAAAGUGAUAGGAAACAUGACAAAAUUUCAUUGCUACUGUUUGCAAAUAAACUUUGUAUUUCAUGGUUUUGAAGCAUUGAAUGAUAUUGGCUUUUGCUCCACUCAAAGCCACAAAGUAAAAUUGGACUCAAGUACAACAUCUCUGGCCCGUCAUUCGACUUCAGGUAUCAAAAAGCACUGGCUACUGCCGUCUGCCAUUUGGUGCAUUAUUUUGCUUAUGGAACUUACUGUCAGAAGAGACAGGCUCAUUACCUGCAAAGCAUCCAUAGAUGUACAGUUUGACUGUAAAAUUGUAGCUUUAAAUUGCCCUGCUAUAAACCAUGCAGUGACAAAUGAAUCUCUUUGGAGGGUUGAAACUGACCCCUGUAAGUCGCUGUAGAUUAUCUUUCCUGUGUGAAAUGGCAUUGCCUUUGUGCUUUGUUUUUUUUUUAUUUGCAAACAGUAGCAUCUCAUUUGUCAUGCUCCAAAUGUAUCAUUAUAGUCGCUGCUGUACAGGUUCAUUAUUGUGAAAUAGUACUGGUAUGUGUAAAGUUAUUCGAUUGAUUUGAAAUCCAUCUUACAAAAAUAAUAUUGUAUAGUAUGAAUUGUUAGUGUUAUUUAUCAUUUGCUGACUCACUACACAAAGUAAGACAUUUCAGUCUUUUAUUUUAUAUAAUACAUGUACAUGCGUGUCACCACAGUUCAGAUUAUGUGGAAUUUUCAGGUUGAAAUUGCUUUUGCUUGAUAAGUUUUCGUUGUUAGGAUAAGACUUUUUGAAAAGAUUAAAUUGAGACUUUUUCAAAAGAUUAAAUUGAUUUCACUUUUACAUGUAAGUCAACGAAUGACAGAAUUGUACAGAACUACAACGUACAGAACUAAAACUUGUGAAUUGACUUGCUCUGUAGUUGUCACACUGUUAUUAUCGAUGUGUUUAACAAAUGACAACAUUCUGUACCCAAUGAGUUAAUCUUAUGCUGAAGUAUGCUUACAAAUUUAUCUAUUGGAAGCUCCUUAUAGACAAUGAUUUGUUGAAUGUCAUAUAUGUAUAGUAGUCAAACUACUGUGUCCGUUUCAAGUUUAUUAUUUUAUCUUGUUUUAAGAUAACCAAUGUAUAAGUUUAUCAAGUAGGCUUGAAAGUUGCUGUUAAAAUGUUCGUGCCAUAUCUUAACAUUUUUUUCUCUCAUUUAUAUGUAAAUAUACAGAUUUGUUAUCAUAGCCCAUAUGCAUGAUCAAAACGAAAAUCAUCUAUGCAACUUCUUGUGUUUGUACACUUAAAGGCGUUAAACCUAUACUGCUUGGCUUUGACAUUUCUGUUUCAGCUUGUCUGUUGUCUGGUUUCCUAAGAAAGAAAUCAGGACCUUCUUUUAGCUUUGGUUUUGUUGUUUGGAAAAAUGUUAAUAUUUGCCAUCAAUAUCUGAAGUAUCAGGAUGAAACAAGGUCCUCAUGUUCACUAUGAGAAGACAGCAUGCAUAUACGGUAUGUACCAAAUCUCAUAACUCUGGCUCAAAUAUUUGUCAAGUUAUGCCCCUUGACAGACAGAAACAAGUGAUCAUUGUCAUUCACUUAAUGUAUUCCUACUCCGACGUAAAAUGAAUUCUGUUUCUGUAUCAUAUAGUUGUUAGGGUCUAAUUUUAUUUAACCUUUACGCCAAGUUUAUAUUAUAUGAAAUUUCAUGGCCAAGUUUUAUUUAUUUGCUGAAACUAACUCAAUGAAUUUAGUGUUAAGUGGGUCCCAAUGACUAUGUUAAAGAAACAAUGAAAUACAUUUUUGCUUGACUAUUCAAAGAAUAAGGAGGCAUUACUACUUCACUUCUAACUCCAAUACCCUUCGUUCAAUUUACUUAAUACUUCGCACAUUUGUUCAGGACCAUCAUCAUACGAGAUUUCAUAAGUCCAUACCUUAUUGACUUUGUAAUUAUAAAAAAUAAUAAUAUUUUACUAAUAAUAAGGUUUGACAUAUAGUGACCAAACUUGGUAUAUAGGAAAAGUAGAUGGAGACCUUUCAUGGGAUUGUGCUUGGGGCCCCUUGGGUCAAGGUCAAGGUCAUUGUUACUAGAAAUAGAAAAAUGGUUGGUACUGAAUAAAUUUAAUUAGGGUUGAUAUAUUACGAUCAAACUUGGAAUAAUGAACUUGUUUAUAGAAACCUGUCAUUGGAUUGUGUUUGGGGCCCCAAGAGUCAUGGUCAAGGUCACAUAUGCUAAAAAUAGAAAAAAAUGGCUAGAACUGAAUAACUUGAUCUAGGGUUGACAUACUGUGACCAAACUUGGUAUGUAGGAAGAGUUUAUGGAGGAAUUUCUUGGGGUUGCAUUUGGGGCCCUAAGGGUCAGGGUCACUGUUACUGGAAUUGGAAAAAAAAGUUGAAACUGAAACUCACAAUGAAGGCUGAAGUUUUUCUGUCAAUCAUUAAAAACCCAGUUUCACCGCAUUGUGGCGUUUCUUGUUUACUUUUUAAUUUGACUUUUUUUAUUGCUUUUGACAGGUACAUAUUACAUCAUUAUUGUAUUCAUUUAUGUAGUCGAGCGCACUGUCCUAUGACAGCCCUCGUUAUCUUGGCCUUAACUCAAGAACUGUGCAAUAUUCACAUAAACUAUUAGUACAACGGUUGCCAGUGAGAAUGCAGUGUAGCAAAGUCUAUGACUCUGGCUGCAACAGUUGUUGAGUUAUGCAUGCUUUUCCACUAAAAACAUCAGGUCAAUUCUGCAACAUUCUUCCUUAUCAGUAUUGGAGUGUCAUGAUGGUUUUAUAUAAGUUAAAUAUACUGGUGUUUCCAUAGCUUCAAAGAAAUUCCCACGUUUCAGCAUUAUGAUUUAAGCAAAGUAGUCAAACAGCAUAGGAUAUAUUAGUAUUCUACAUAGAAAGUGUAUGUUGUGUGAAUGGGACCAAACCAGGGUUUGCACACCCAAGAUGUGUACAAAUUAAAUGCUGGACAUUUACCUCAUGUUGUGUAUUACUUUCUUUUUCUCAUGCAAAUGUAGAAUUUUUUAUUAAGUAUCAAUCAUGGCUCAAAUGUGUUUGGCUUAUACUUUUCAUUUAUUUUGUUGUUUUUCAUAUAUCUGCUUAUUUACACUUCACAGUAGUAUUAUAGAUGCCCAGGGUCCGUGUUCACUAAUUUCUUGAGUCUGAGUUUUCAGGCUCAGGCUCAGAAAAUUGAAUUUUAAAUUGUUUCAAAAUAUCUUUAUUAUAACAGAUGAUUUGUAACAGGUUCAACAAUUUUUAGAAUCCUAUAAUAGCAUGUUUACAUAAAAUAUAAGUAAAUGCUGUUUUUCAGACACUCAGACUCCGGAUGUUAGUGAAUAAGGUCCCAGGCUUUGACUUUACCCAAGUAUUCAUGUAUAUUGAUGUUACACGCUCUAACUUCAGAGUCACCAUUUUGUUUAAAAAUUCAUGAAUCAUAUUUAAUCUUCACAGUGGUAUUAUUGAUGUCCAGGCUGUGACUUUACACAAAUAUUCAUGUAUGAAAAUGUAACAUACUUUUACUCCUAAGUCACCAUUUUGUUUUGAAAUUGAAACAAAUUUUAUUUCAGUCUCAAAUUUAUUUUUAAAUUGAUAUUAUUUUUUUGAGUCACCAUUUUGUUUUAAAAUUGAAAAUUUAUAUUAAGAUAUUUCAGCGUUAAUUUGUCGUAAUUUUUCAUUUAAAACUUAAUUUUCUCAUAGCUGAUCAAGGAAAUUGACAACCUGCUGGGUUUAAUACCUGUAAUAAUACAUGAAUGUACACAAUGUCUUUUAUGCUUUUUUCUUUAAAGGCUGAUAUAUAUGUUUUCAAAUCAUGAACAACACCCGCCAAGGACUGUAUAUUUUUGCAGCUAAGCUGCUUUUGUUGACUACAAUAACUGAAGAAUGCUUAGGCCCAGCGACGAGCAGGCUGCUAAUGCACAGGCUGAAAUUGCAGCAUUACUCAUCUCAGUUCGAGGCCAUGUAGUUCUCAUUUAAUAUUAUCGAUGAAUUAGUACAAGUACAGUAGUUACAUUGUUUUAACAUUGCUUUACACAUGUAUAGAUUUAUCAAUUAUGAACACUUGCUGUUUAUGAACGUGAAUCGAAUUAUAAAAUGGAUGCAUAUACAUGUUCUACAAUGACAGUAUUUUAUUGUUUACUGUUGCGUUGUUUUAAAAUAUGUCAUAUUGGCACUGUUAUUGCUUACGUAUCCUUAAUGUCAUUGUUAGUAAUAUUACUAUUAUACUGUUAGUGAUGUACAUUGUCUGUUCUUAAAGGCAUAAUACUGUUAUGAUUAAGGUUUGUUGUCCAUAGAAUACUUAUCAGGGUGUUGUUUCAUUUUUUGUGUUUAUGAGUAUUCAAAUGUAAUGCACAUGUGUAGUGUAAAUGUAUGAGCAAAUGUACAAGGUCAUGAGUGCAUUUUGGGAUGUUGUUGCUUCCUCUUUGUUUCAUUUAUUUGGGGUUUUCCUUUUUUAUGAGUGAGUGGGUUUGCUUUUUGUUUAUCUUUUGUUCGCUGUUUUCUACAAAUGUCUAGCAAAGGCUACAAACAGGUUAUAAACUGUUUAAAAAUGUGAAAACAGUAUAUUGGCUUGAAGGAAAACCUUGUUUGACUUCAGUUCUGGUGCAGUGUUAAAAUUACUUUCCAAUUUCCAUCGACCACCCUCCAUUUAUAUGGUAGUUUCAUAGUAAGUAGAGAAACUAUAAAACUACUGUAUGUUGUGUUUCUUUUGCCUUACUAAUUAUUUGCUGUGCUUGUUUUUAUUAAGUGUUAACUUUAAGCUGGUCAGUUUUUCUGAAAAGUCUGGCCAGUGGGUAUUGUGAUAGCUUAAGUUUUGUUGGCAUCUUCAUAAUCUCGUCAUAAUCUCAAAUGUUAAAUUUAGCCUUAACCAUAGCUUAAAAAAACCCCAUUAUAUUUGAAUAAAACUUGGUGCAUGUCUUACCAGAGACUUGUACAGCAAUGACCUACAACUCUGGCUUAAAAUAGUUGUACAAUAAUGCCUAUUUUACAAUUGAAAAAUAAUCCAGACAAGCAUUGACUUUCUCUCUGCAGCUCUCUGGUAUUCGUUCAGACACAUUAAGAGUGUAAACGUUGAGAAAUAUGUUAGUGUAUGAACAUUAGAGAAAUACUUUACCUGUGCAAUGCUUGGCUUCCUUUCUUAUUUAAGUUUCCUUGUUGUCUUUUGUUACAGAUUGCCAUAUAUUUUAAUUAUCAUGAUUAUGACUGACAAUAAUAAAGUCUGCAAUAAUU